AUGUUGCAACGAAGCAUUCAGGAGCUGCGUGACCUGCAGCCCACCCUAUUGGAUGCUGCCACGUAUGCGGAGGAGGCAUAUCUUGUCACGGACCAAAAGGACAUAGAACUCCAUAACGUGAGGGACUAUGCAGUGAGCAUGCUAGUGUCCGUGGUGGACCGCAUUGGCGCUGCGGCCGAUCGCUUCACCGAUGCCGUCUCCCUGCAGGCCAAGGAGAUGGCUGCUGCUGACGUCAGAGUCGCGUCAGCUGCCGAGCGUGUGCGGGCGUGUUGGGAAUACUCAGGGCGCAAUGCACUGAACCGACAGCAGCAGCCUCAUCUUCCUUUCCAUGUGCCUGAUUCCAUGCCUAUUCUGUGCUGUACUCUCCUUUCAUUGCUGCAGCGAGUGCGGGCGUGUUGGGAGUACUCAGGGCGCAAUGCACUGAACCGACAGCAGCAACCCAGGGCAACCAGUCACAUGCCCAAGAGCUACCUGCUGCCAGCCGAAGCAGCAGCAGAAGCGUCAGCACUAGCAGCAGCACGAGCACCAUCAGCAGCACCAGCAUCAGCGGCUGCAGCAGCAGCAUGCAUGGAGCGGGAGUGCUUUCAGUAUGGGUCGGGCUACUCUGCCUCCCCUACGAGAGACCCUCGAGGCUCGUCCCACACAGCCCUCUCCUCCUCGUCACUCCUCUCCUCCAUGCCCCUUGCCCCCCCUUCUGAAAGCCUUCUUGACAGUCUUGCUUCUUCCUCCCUCGUCCCCCGCUCUGCCACGGCUGGUAUGCCAUCCGUCCGUGCAUCUCUCGACUGCUUAGCUGGUCUACCACCCUCCUCCUCCUCCACUUCGUCGUCCUCCUCCUUCCCCUCCUUUUCGUCCUCCUUCCCCUCCUCCUCUACCGUUCCCCACUCCUCAUCAACCCUCUCCAACCCAUCGGCAGCAACACCACACUCUGCUGACAAGAUACUGUCGCGGAAACAAUCACACUCACACAACCUCUCUCACUCACCCAACCUCUCGCACUCUCACAACCUCCCCCAUUUCUCCAACCUCUCUCGCUCGCACAACCUCUCGCAGUCUCACGGUCUCAUGCACUCUCUCUCCCACUCCCUCUCGCAACACAUGGGACACCGAGGCUCGCAUGCUCGACAAAGCAAGGAGCCUACCACUCCCAAGGGGCACUUCCCCCUCGUCGCCUCCUCGUUGCACGCUGGAGGGGCUUCAGGUGUUGAUGACGUGGAGGGCAGUGAUAGGAGGUCCACCACGCCACAUCGGCGCGGCCGGCAGCUUCUGAAAAAUAUCUUCUCACGUGGUGCUGAUGGUGGUGCUGCUGGUGCUGCUGGUGGUGCUGGUGGUGCUGGUGCUGGUGCUGCUGGUGCCAGUGGUGCGUUAGGGGAUGGUAGUAACGGUUAUACAAGCACUCAAAGAGCCCAUGAUCGGGGGUACUCCGGACACCUGUGA